UCCUAGGCAGCAGCAGCAGGAGGAGGAGGAAUAAGGAGAAAGAAAGAAGCGGCGGCGGCGUUUGCAACGAACUCUAUGGGAGAGGCCGAGGCCUUCGUCCCGCUCGUCGGUCUGCGGAGUGACGAGCUGGCGCUGCCUGCAGGAGGACAGGUGACAAAGCCACGAUGGAAACUUUAGAAGAAGAAAACUUUGGUGUGUCCAUCUCUUCACCAUCGGAUGCUGAGUUCGAUGCUGUUGUUGGCUAUUUAGAAGAUAUAAUAAUGGAUGAUGACUUCCAGCUUAUACAAAGGAACUUCAUGGACAAAUACUACCAAGAGUUUGAUGAUACGGAGGAAAAUAAGCUCAUCUACACUCCUAUUUUUAAUGAAUAUAUAUGCUUAGUUGAAAAAUACAUUGAAGAAAAGCUCUUGGACAGGAUUCCUGGUUUCAGCAUGUCUGCCUUCACCUUGUCAUUACAGCAGCACAAGGAUGAAAUUGCAGGCGAUAUUUUUGACAUGCUUCUCACAUUUACUGACUUCCUCGCAUUUAAAGAAAUGUUCCUGGAUUACAGAGCUGAAAAAGAAGGCCGAGGCCUGGACUUAAGCAGCGGAUUCGUGGUGACACCCUUGAGCAAGUCCUCCAUGUCGCCUUCAGCAAACAGUCUACGAUACUAGCUUUUGCCUCCAAAAGAGAGCUGUCUCCACCUGGGGUGCCCUGAAUGCAAAAGCCAGCAGAAGAGAUUAGUGUGAUGCUGAGGCGUGCAACCCUUAUUCCCUCUUGGCAGGCCAAUUUUUCGUCUUAGCUGCUCGUUUGAAUUGGGCCUUUCCACUUGAUCAGUGACUAGUAUAACUCCAGCCCUGUCUUAGCACUUGGAUUUGUUGCUGUGCCAGCCAAAAGGGACUUUAUGCCAUGGAGGUCAGUUAGUGCCAUGGUCUGUUUGAGGGCUGCCGAUUUCUUGGAAGGAAAACAAGCACUUCUUCAUUGGACAGCAGUGAUGGAAAAUGAGUGUCAAACGUGGGAUGGUUCUAACUGCACAACCUUUUUUGAAGUUCACAAUCACAACAAAUCGGGGAAAACAUGUUUAGCGUAGUUCUGAAUGCCACAUUUUGACUUUCGACAGUAGCACGUGUGUGUGUGAUGCGAAUAUAUAUAUUUAGCAUGAAA